AUGACCAGUAAGAUUGUCAGCUUACUUACUCAGUUGUCUAGCCGGCUUUCUCAAUCCUUUGUGUCUCUCACAGUCUUGAAAAUGGCCGAACUCGGUGGGCUCAGCACACAAGAAAUUAACAGAGUCAUGGACUUAGAGUGGGAGGAAUCUAUUCAAGAUUGGGAGUGGUAUGCUUUGAACUACGCGAGCCCCGUCCCUCCUCUGAUACCUUUUCCGUCUUAUUGUGUUAGCCGACGAUGUGGAUGGUGCCGUUUCGUGAUCAAGCCUGACGAACUUGUCACAGCCAGGUCUCCUGGAGGGACCGAAUCAUCGGCUUUUGCGUUUGGGGAAUCUUGUGAUGACACCAAGUUAUUCGCAACUUUCAAGCGAUGCGAAAGUGACCACGACGCAUGUGCCACAACAGGUUAUCAUGUUGAAUGUUCAGUGAUUGCCUCGAAUUUGGGUCUGCAGAAAAACGACUUCUUGGAUGUGGCUCGAUACUCUUAUGAGCCAUCGUCCAAAGAGGAUGCACGUCGACUCGAGUGCAUCUUGAACCACUUGCAUCAGACAAUGAGCAAGAAGUUUGCAAAGCUUCCGACCGAGAUUUUGUUCAUUAUAAAUAAACAUCUCGUUCUGUAUUAUGCGAUUGCCUCGCUGUCUGGACUUCGCCAACCCGACCGAUGGACAAUUGAGCCAUUUAAAGAUGUCUGGGCAACGCACUUCAGCCUAAACAGCAUCGACUAUAUAGCCUCAUUGUCGAAUGAACCAAAGCCGGGGAGCCGACUGCUCUGGAAAGCCCCAGAGAGCCGCGAAGAUCAACAUAUUUAUAUCUCAGAGGAUCAUUUGGGAAUCACACAGAUUGUCAAUGACCCCCUGGCAGCAUCGGUCGAGGAGCGACACUCUAGCUGGUGGCGUACGCUCCCGAUAGAAACCCCGCCUCUGACAUUCUCUGGCGAUGGCCUUAAAUUGCGGAGUGUCGCAGCUGCCCCGAUAAAUCCCACCAUCUCUUGGCCGUAUCCAAUGACCCCAAGAUCACUGAAGAGCAUGGCCUACUAUGCGACGAAAACGUCUUCUUCAAGCUUCGGUAUGACGGUAGAAGCCCGCAUGGUAGCUUUGAACUUCAACGAACCUGGUACUAUCGCCUACUCCGCGUGUUGGUAUGAAGACCGUCUUGUAGACAUUCAUGCACAUGAGUCCGGAGAGUCUCUCGACUUUUACCAUGGGCUUGAAGAGAACGUCAAAAACAGAUGGCCGAACAAAGAUUCAAAUAAUGAGUCCCUAGCAACGAUCCAGUGGGUUUAUCACCCAUUAAACCGUGGAGAGAAGAUUGAACAGGUCUGGCUACAUACUAAGAACGAGCCAGAAGAAGGCAACGACGCACAUGAAAGACGACGAAUGACAGAAUCAUCUCCAGACAAUAUUGCUAUAGCCCUGUUGACUAGCCAUUCACGAACGUUGGUUAUGGGAAGGCCUCGAGCAAUGCAUAGCGAGUGGAAAUGUAUUGCUCAAACAUUCACAGGAUCCUCGAUGCGAGUGUUCUUUAACCCUAGUUUGGAUGGUGUUUCCUUGUUCGCAGCCCCAACUGUAGGCGGCAGUGGCAGCGAUCUCUUGCCAGAUCGGUUGUCGACCUGGUUAGACGCAGAACGAAAGCCCAACAACUCAGACGCAUCGCUUGAUGAAGUCAAAGAAUUUGUGGUUUGUAAAGAAAAGUUGGAGAUCUCAGGACUUUUGUUAAGAUAUAAGGAUGGGCAUCGAUUGUCUGAUAAGGGAGAGUUUAUCUUGGAAGUGAUGUCUCUUUCGAACCUUGAGCAUGAUGAAAGUUUGGAGUGGAACAAGAUGCUGUUGGAGGGCAUCCUUACAUGGGACUCUCUGUCGCGCAAGACAGCGGACCAUUCCGACCUCGUAGCCUAA